AUGUAGUAAACUCUCACUAACCAUAUUAUGAGUUUUAUCAGUGGUAAUUGCUUCCAGAUUUUGUAAUGUUAUGUUUUUAUAAUGUAUAUCAGGCCAUAUCAGAGACUCUAGUGACUGCAGAUUAUGAAGGAUCCAGCUGGGAGGAUAAUGACCCUUCAGUCUUCAAAAUGAUAAUUUUGAAUCACACCAUAUUAAAAGGCGAAUACCAACUUACAAAUGGUUAUGGCCAAGACAGAGCUCCAACAAUCAUGCAGGAUCACUGGAAUACAUAUAUCACUGAAGAUGAUUUCAGAUUCAUAUCAACAAAUGGCUUAAAUGCUGUUAGAAUUCCAGUUGGGUGGUGGAUAGCACAAGACCCAACACCACCAAAGCCAUUUGUAGGAGGAUCCUUGGAAAUACUUGACAAUGCAUUCACAUGGGCACAAAAGUAUGGAUUGAAGGUAAUUGUGGACCUGCAUGCUGUUCCAGGUUCACAAAAUGGAACAAAAAGGAUGAUGAGACAAGAACAUAGGAGGAACAAAAAGGAUGAUGACAUGUUUAUGUUCUUUUUUUUCACCGAACAAGAAUCAAUGUUUACAAGAGUUAAAAGGCAAAAGAGAGGAAAACAAGGAAGAAAAAACAUGACAAGAGGGGACGAACAAAAGGGGUGA